GUGCCCCGAGCGGGGCGGGGAGAGCCGGGUGCCCGUGGGGAGCCCUCGGCAGGGCAGGGACAGCGGCGCGGCUGUGCGCGGCCGGGCCGAGAAGUGCUGUCAGCGUAGUUCUUGGUGUGACCUUUGAGCGUAUCCCAGCUGCAGUGUUUUGGGCUGAUGCUUGCAAGUGGCCUGGCUCAAGAAUUCCUGGUUUCCUUUUGUUCGGCAAGGCUGAGCUGAUGGCUGUACAGGGUAUGGCGGGAGCAGAGUGAAGGAGCUAAGUGAUCUGCAGCGAGAUCCACCAGCCCACUGCUCUGCCGGACCUGUUGGAGAUGACUUGUUUCAUUGGCAAGCAACUAUUAUGGGACCUCCUGAUAGUGCAUAUCAAGGGGGAGUAUUUUUUCUCACAGUACACUUUCCAACAGACUACCCUUUCAAACCACCAAAGAUUGCUUUUACAACAAAAAUAUAUCACCCAAACAUAAACAGUAAUGGGAGUAUUUGUCUUGAUAUCUUGAGAUCUCAAUGGUCACCAGCUCUGACUGUUUCUAAAGUUUUAUUGUCCAUAUGCUCCUUACUUUGUGAUCCUAAUCCAGAUGAUCCUUUAGUACCAGAUAUUGCACAGAUCUACAAGUCAGACAAGGAAAAAUACAACAGACAUGCAAGAGAAUGGACUCAGAAAUAUGCAAUGUAAGCUUUUGAAGACAUUUUCAUACACCACAGAGUACUGUAAAUUCUAGGUUUUUUCAAAAUUAGAAGGAAGUGGAGCACACUUUAUGGUUUCAAUGUGACACUCCUUGAAUUUUUUUUCACCCAUGUAAGUGUGUUUCUGGAGCAAGAGAGAACAAACUUCUGGAAAUAACCUUAUGACUUUGAUGAGAAUAUUUAUCCUCUUUGUAUGCUUUGCAGAAGACAUUUAUUAUAGUUUCUAAGAGUUGGACACCUGCAUCUUCAGACUGCAAGAUCUAUAAUUCUGUUGUAAAUCAAGGAAAUUAUUUUUGCUGGAAGAAGUAGCUGUUUCCAUGUGAUGAAUACUGUGUGUGUGUCACUGAAGUGUGUUGUCUGUUUCACAAGUGUGUUGAAGUUUCUUUUUGUUAGUUCUCUUAUAUAAUUUGUCAUUUUUUACUGUAUAGACUACUUUAUUUACAAUGUAAGUCAUUUCAUUUUAGACUUCCUUGUGCACAGUAUUGAUAAGAUACAACUGCUAAUAGUGAAAAUAAUUGGAGUAUCUCACCCAUUAGGAUAUUCUGAAGAGUGACUGCAGACUUCUUAAAACCUACAAUGAUCUUUGCACUGUAAAUCUUUGUAUGCUGAUUAUUGAGAAACACUUGGUUUUGAUUCUGUUGCAUACUUGACUUAAUUUGAUGGCAAUGUGAACUAAUUGCACUGGUAUGUAGAGAGAUAUGUAACCAUUUUGUUGCUGUUCACAACUGAUUUUUGAUGUGGGGGCAACAUAAUACUAUCACAGACCUUUUACAAAUGCAGAUGUAGCCUUUUCCAUAUAAAUAAAAUACAUUUUCUACUUUC